AUGCUGAAGUUAAGGGCUUUCCGGCCGACGAAUGAAAAGAUUAAGAAGAUUCACGUGCACCCGACGCAACCGUGGCUCGUCACCGCCGAUGUGUCGGAUCACGUAUCCGUUUGGAAUUGGGAAUACCGCCAGGUGAUUUAUGAGCUGAAAGCUGGUGGUGUUGAUGAGAGGCGAUUGGUCGGGGCAAAGCUCGAGAAGCUGGCUGAGGGUGAAUCAGAGCAUAGAGGGAAACCAACUGAAGCUAUACGGGCUGGGAGUGUUAAGCAGGUUAAAUUUUAUGAUGAUGAUGUACGUUAUUGGCAACUUUUGCGCAAUCGUUCUGCUGCUGCUGAAGCUCCAACAGCUGCCAGUAAUGUCACUUCAGCUUUUAGUGCACCCUCACCGUCAGCGAAAGGAAGACAUUUUCUUGUAAUAUGUUGCGAGAACAAAGCAAUCUUUUUGGAUUUGGUGACAAUGCGUGGCCGUGAUGUACCAAAGCAGGACCUUGACAACAAAUCACUUAUCUGCAUGGAAUUCCUCUGCAGAUCAAAUGGUGGUGAUGGUCCUCUUGUAGCUUUUGGUUCAUCAGAUGGUGCAAUUAGAGUCCUCUCAAUGAUAACAUGGAAGCUUGCUCGAAGAUACACUGGAGGCCAUAAAGGAGCAAUUUCCUGUCUGAUGACCUUCUUAUCUGCUUCUGGCGAGGGGCUUUUGGUUUCUGGUGGUAGUGAUGGGUUGCUCGUAAUUUGGAAUGCAGACCAUGCUCACCAUCAUCGAGAACUUGUGCCUAAGCUGAGUUUAAAAGCACAUGAUGGUGGUGUUACUGCUGUGGAGCUUUCUAGAGUGAUUGGUAGAACCCCCUGGCUAAUUACGAUAGGUGCUGAUAAAACAUUAGCAAUUUGGGAUACCAUUUCGCUUAAGGAAUUGCGCAGAAUAAAACCGGUUUCAAAAUUGGCUUGCAAUAGUGUCCAGUCUUGGUGUCAUCCUCGGGCUCCAAACCUUGAUAUCUUGAUAUGUGUUAAGGAUUCCCAUAUUUGGGCUAUUGAACACCCCACUCAUUCAGCUCUUACCAGGCCAUUGUGCGAACUUUCCUCACUAGUUGCUCUACAACUACUUCCUUCACAGAAAAAGCUCAAAGUAUACUGCAUGGUUACACAUCCCUUACAGCCACAUCUUGUUGCUACUGGAACCAAUGUAGGCAUCAUUUUGUGUGAAUUUGAUGCUCUGGCACUUCCAUCGGUGGCACCACUGCCAACACCAAUAGGAGGCCAUGAACAUACAGCUAUUUAUGUAGUUCAAAGGGAACUCAAGCUGCUUAGAUUUCAGUUGUCUAACACUGCUAAUCCAGCCAUUGGGAAUAAUGGCAUCUCAAGUAAUACAGCCCCUGAGCAACUCCUAGUUAAGCAAACCAAAAAACAUAUUACUACAGUUCCGCAUGAUUCAUACUCAGUUCUUUCUGUAAGCAGUUCAGGAAAGUAUCUUGCAAUUGUAUGGCCAGACAUUCCUUACUUCACAAUCUACAAGGUUAGUGGUUGGUCAAUAGUUGAUUCUGGCAGCGCUAGGCUUUUGGUAUGGGAUACUUGUCGGGAUAGAUUUGCCUUGUUGGAAUCUGCUGUAUUUCCAAGAAUGCCUAUUAUUCCAAAAGGUGGUUCAUCUAGAAAGGCAAAGGAAGCCGCAGCUGCUGCAGCACAAGCUGCAGCAGAGGCUGCUUCUGCUGCUUCAUCUGCCGCUGUUCAAGUUCGUAUCUUGCUUGAUGAUGGAACCUCAAACGUGUUAAUGAGGUCUGUCGGCUCUAGGAGUGAGCCAGUAAUUGGUUUGCACGGGGGUGCACUACUUGGUGUUGCCUAUCGAACAUCUUGGAGGGUUCGCUCCAUCUCAACUAUGCCCUUGUCAGGUUAUGGAGCUAGCUCUGUUUCUUCAUUUAGUGCUUUUGAGAGCAGUAUUGCUUCUCAAAAAGCUUCAGCACAGAACUUUCAGUUAUACAGCUGGGAAACGUUUCAGCCAGUGGGUGCUGCUCUUCCUCAACCUGAAUGGACAGCAUGGGACCAAACAGUUGAGUAUUGUGCAUUUGCUUAUCCUGAAUAUAUUGUCAUUGCUUCCCUGCGUCCUCAGUUUAGAUACUUGGGAGAUGUAGCUAUUCCUCAUGCUACUGGGGCUGUGUGGCAACGAAGGCAGUUAUUUGUUGCAACUCCAACUACAAUUGAGUGCAUUUUUGUGGAUGCUGGUGUUGCAUCGGUUGACAUAGAAACAAAACGCAGAAAAGAGGAGAUGCGACUAAAGGAAGCACAGGCAAGAGCUGUUGCAGAACAUGGGGAGUUAGCAUUGAUAACAAUAGACAGUCAGCAAAAUGCUCCUCAAGAGAGGAUAAAGUUGAGACCGCCUAUGCUACAAGUUGUUCGAUUAGCUUCUUUUCAGCAUGAACACUACAUGCCUCCAUUCUUGACCUUGCCUAAACUAUCUAAGGCUGAGACUGAUGAAACAUGGAUGCCUAAAGAGAUGGAAGAGAGGAGAGUUAGUGAGGUUGCUAUUGGUGGUGGUGGGAUUGCAGUGGCUGUCACUCGUUUCCCAGCAGAGCAAAGAAGACCAGUUGGACCUCUUCUUAUAGUGGGUGUUAGGGAUGGUGUACUAUGGCUAGUAGAUAGAUAUAUGUGUGCUCAUGCAAUAUCCCUAAGCCAUCCUGGCAUUCGUUGUCGCUGUCUUGCAGCUUAUGGAGAUGCUGUAAGUGCUGUAAAGUGGGCAAGUCGACUUGGUAGGGAGCAUCAUGAUGACUUGGCACAAUUUAUGCUUGGGAUGGGUUAUGCAAUGGAGGCACUUCACUUGCCUGGAAUAUCUAAACGGUUAGAGUUUGAUCUGGCCAUGCAGGGUAAUGAUUUGAGAAGAGCACUGCAGUGUCUUUUAACAAUGAGCAACAGCAGGGAUAUAGGUCAUGAGGCUCUUAGUUUGGAUCUGAAUGAUAUAAUGAACCUGGCAGAAAAGAAGGAAAAUGUUGUGGAAGCCGUUCAAGGAGUAGUUAAAUUUGCUAAGGAGUUUAUGAAUCUUAUUGAUGCUGCAGAUGCUACAGGGCAAGUUGACGUUGCUCGUGAAGCUCUUAAAAGAUUAGCAGCUGCAGGUUCAGUGAAGGGAGCUUUGCAAGGUCAGGAGUUAAACGGAGUUGCCUUGAGGCUUGCAAAUCAUGGGGAGUUGGCACGACUCAGUAAUAUGGUGAAUAACUUAAUACCAGUUGGAUCUGGGAGAGAAGCAGCAUUUGCAGCUGCACUUUUGGGAGACAAUUUACUCAUGGAGAAAGCAUGGCAGGAAACAGGGAUGCUUGCUGAGGCUGUGCUUCAUGCCCAUGCUCAUGGGCGACCUUCAUUGAGAACAUUGGUUCAAGCAUGGAAUAAAACACUGCAGAAGGAAAUGGAGCAUACUGCAUCAACUAAAACUGAUGCCACAUCUGCAUUUCUUGCCUCUCUUGAGGAACCAAAGCUCACAAGUUUGAUAGAUGCAGCAAAAAAACACCCAAUCGAAAUUUUACCUCCAGGAAUGGCGUCUCUCUAUGGCCCAAAUCCUGGUCAAACAAAGGCUCCUCCUGGCAAGCAGGGCAUGUUACAACAACUAGGCAAGCAAAUUAUAGAAGGAUCUAAAACUUCACAACCAAAUGCAACAUCUUCUGCAGAAAAUGGGACUGCAACAGUAUCAGAAUCAGGUAUUCCAUCUAAGUCAGAAGUGGCACCUUCUGUUACACCAGAACCAGAUACUCCAGCUGUGUCAGCAUCAACUGCUCCACCUGCAGAACCUGAUGCUGCACAAGCACAACCUAGUGCUCCGCAACCAUCAGACUUGGGGGCUGAAGUUUCCCCUGAACCAAGCACACCAGAUUUGGCACAACCAAAGAAUAAAACUUCAGAUAAUCAAGUCACAGUCUCAUCAUUGGUGGGUGCUUCAGAUCCAACUUUAACUGGAGAAGGCAUCCCAUCAACAUCCAAGGAUAUCUCAUCUGCAGCUGAGAAUGAACACCAGUUGCCAGAUAACAUGGGAAAUGCAGUUCCAAAUGAGCUUCCAAUGAUUGAAUUUUCUUAACAGGCUUCAGUGACUGGUUUGCCUUUAUCUGCAAGAUUGUCUAUGGGCAUUGAGAUGCAACAUGGAGGCAAAAGCAAAGAAAAGAGUCAACCAAAGUGCCAGAAUUUGAACUCUCUGCCUUUGAUUGCCAGAAAACAAGGCUGAAUCCCAACCACCAUCAGGUACUAGUGAUUCUCAAGGUACUCCUUGCCUAAACUCUUGAGAAUUGGUUUUUAGGCAAGAAUGGUUUGAUUUCUUCAGCUAACUUAGUGAUGCUGAGUUCUCAAGGUGCCAUUAAGAAUUGGCACGUAUCAGAUAAUAAAAUCAUGCAAGUUUUGAUCUGCUAAUAAUGGGUGGACAUUGUUUUAACUUCCUUUCAUUUCACUCAACUCUUAUUAAGUGCCUGCCAAUUUGCCCUUGUGGACACCUGACAGUUUGUUAUCAAGCUUCGGGUCUCAAAAUAUGCAGCAGUAUGAAUGAUCCAUCUCUCAUUUCAACUUCACCAAUUGAGCAUGUAAAACGCAUUUAUU